AUGAUGCAGAAACGGGCCUGCGAUGCCUGUCAUAAGAGAAAGAUCCAAUGCGAUUCAACAAGCGCAGAUACACCCUGCAACUGGUGUGAGCACCAUGGCUUGGAUUGUACAUUUAACCGAGUGAGAGGCCGUAAGAAGACAGCUAAGGCUAGAUCUCGUCAAACGUCAGAGCAAAGCCUUGCAGAACGCCUCAAGCGCAUUGAAGAUGCUCUUUCUCAGACACUUUCCAAUCAGAAAAACUCCGAGACCAGUGCAGCCAAACCAUUGACUCCAAGUUCACUAGUCACUGAUCCCUACAAGAGUUCAGACCCUGGUACUGGAGACUCAGCCAACGAUACCCCUCAAAAAUUCUCAUUCAACCGGCCAUCUUCUUCCUUUUUGAGAGCUACAGAUUCGGGCUCUGCAAGUAUAUCCCAAGGAUCGCCGUUCAUAUCUCAAGCUCCAUCUCCUGCUGGUGGCUUUACCAGCUCUGUUUCCUAUGGGCAACUCCAUUAUGGUGGUUGUCACUUCGGCCACAUCAGUCAGCAUAAUGGAAUGCCUCUGCUGUCAGAGCAGGGUAGAAAAUGGAUAACCGCGAAGACUGGUCAAGAAGUUCUGUUCGACCCAGGUGCCGAAGACCACUCUAACCCUGCCCGAUCGUCAGCAUCCCACUAUUGCCAUAACCAACGCGACUUAUACGAACUCCCUGAGAAGAGUAUUACUGAGAAGGUUUUCGACGCAUUUAUUCACUCUUCCUUCAGCUUAGUCUUUCCUGUCGUGGAACGGGUUCUUUUCAAGGAUACCAUCGAAUUAGCGUAUCAGCCUCAUACAGGUGAGGCACCUUCUUUGGAGCACCUCAGUGCCAAGGUUGGCGUCUUGGCUUUUGUUUCCAUGAUAGUACUUUUUCAAGACUCAUCCGUGGACAUGCCGUACGUUGAUACAGAUUUAUGUGCCACAAAGGCACGUUAUCUACUUACAGACGUCCUUGAGAUAGCUAGUGUCAACAACCUUCAAAUAGUCUUCAUGCUGAACAUGCAUGAGAUAUUCUCUGGACGCCUUCGAUCUGGUGCCAUGUUUCAUGCCAUUGCGUGCCGCAUGGUAUUCACACUUGGUGGACAUGCGUACAUAUCCUGUAAACCGCGAAGCUCACAAGUAACACGUUCAGAGAGGGAACGUCGCCAACUUCGACUGCUAUUCUGGCUAUGCUAUAUCUUUGAUAAAGAUAUUGCUCUACGGACAGGUCAGCCGCCACUUAUGUCCGACGACUAUUGCGAUCUUACACUUCCGGAGAACUAUUUCGAAUGCUAUGAUUACCUUCCCAACCUCCAUGACAACCUCCCCCAAGUUUCCUUCGAAGAAGAGAGUCUCAUGCCUCACCUUCCGGGCGACCCUCGCCUGAGCCAUAUUAAAGACAAGACUAGCCGUAUGCUAUAUUCGGCUCAAGCUGCGAAGAAGUCUCAUGCUCAGCUACUUUGCGACAUCAGAGAGCUUGACGAAGAGCUCGAAGCAUGGAGACAAUCAGUGCCCCCUUCCUUCCGUCCUGCACUUUCAAUCACCAAUGAGUCUCAAGUCGCUCUCCAAGGGAUGCAUCUACCACGCAGUAUGAGACACAUCACUCUGCAUCUCGAUUACCAUCAUCUGAUGAUCGCAAUUCAUCGGGCGAGUGGGAGAUGCAUGGAGCCUGAUCCUGGAAACUCUAAAGAUCAGUCGGAAUGGAUCCCGGGGGUCGAAUCAAGCACUGCUCUUGCGCUGGAAGCUAGUCGUUCGACACUUGUGUAUUUGCGAGCAGCGAUGUGUGGAGUCGCUGGUGAAGCAUUUUGGAUUAUCGUCUUCUAUCCCACAGCAGCCAUGAUCACUAUUUUCUUCAACAUCCUUAUGUAUCCACUUCACGAACGAGCAGAGCAAGACCUCGAGCUUCUCAAGGCAGCGGCUGAUCUUAUCAAUAACCUCCCAGUGCGGCACGCCCUCAUAUGCCUGCGGAGACUGAUACACAAUGAUGCACAAAGAAACAUACAGACCCCUCUUUGUAAUUUGGGUUUUCGAUACAAAAACGAUUCAGCUAUGCCGUCGGCAACUCGUCAUGAUCAGCUGGUCUUAGUCCCCUGGGACCCCCAGUCUCCAGACCAUGUCAACCGCAUUUACGAGCAACGAGUGCAAUGUGGUUGGGAUAAGAAUCUAGUUGAAGGAUGGAAAGAGAGACAAGUCUCGGGUCAAAAAUCUAUUUUUUGGAUUGUGAGUUUUCUCAAUGCUCACUUCACAAUAGCGAAGGACAAGGCACCAUUGGUUGACACAGCCGAAAGCCUCAGGGCCAAACCGCGAACACCAACUCACACCAAGUUCCAUCCCGUGGGCCACAUCUCACUCGAUGAUAGAAACGAGAAAACAGGGAACUUUGUACUCGAUCUCCCGAAAGAAGGCGUUUACUGGAUUAAGACCUUCUACGUUUCAAAAGCACUUCGAAGCAAAGGCAUCGGUCGAGCAGCCAUGGACAUCGUUGAGUCAAUGGCAAUUGACGAGCCGCUAUGUGCUAAAACCCUCGCUCUUGAUACCGCUGAGAAGGAGAUGCAGAAGAAGUUGUAUCGCGAUAAACACGGAAGGGAAUUGGAUACAAUACAUCUUGACUGCAAGAAUCUUGAAACAAAAUAA